AUGAGUGCCCACAUGGGAACCUCAGUCAUUGGUGGCACUACUACAAACAAAGGUAAUAGAAAUGAAGAUCCCAGUGAAGGACAUGGCAGCAAUGAGAUUCACAAUCGAUGGAUGAAGGAAAUGAGACCUUUGCUGAGGGCCGCAGAUCACCUCACUGAAGAGCACCUGGUCACACCUGCCCUGCCAUUGAGAAAAGCACACAGAAAGACCUGCCCUGAGGAAAAACAAGGAAGAAGAGGGGAAAGAAACCAAGAAAGAAAAGAGGAGAGGCACAUUAGAGGUAAAGAGAGAGGUCAAGACCAUCCAAGAAGGAUGAAAAAAUUGUGUGCAGAUCAAGCCCAAGACGCAACAAGAAAAGGAACCUUUGAAAGCUUUUCCACUAAUAUGCAGUUAAACAGCAUUUUAAAAACUGAAGAAUCAUCAAACAACUUAGAGAGCAAGCAUACAUGUUCUAAAUCACAAACUGUUGGCUUUACCCAGACUGAAACAAGCGAUUUACACUUUCAGUGUGGUCGACCUGGCGAUCUACGCAGAUUUGCUCCUUUGUCAUCACGGGCCUCUUCAUCAAGAGAUUCAGACUCUUUCUUGGCAGAAGUGAAAAGAGGGGCAGGCUCAGAACGAACAUUGCAAGGCUAUUCAAGUCAGACACACAUCUCAGAUUCAGAAAACGAAGGAGACGAGGAUGGGAAUGAGGACACCAUUGAAGAAGGAGAGGAAGAAGGAAGCGGUGUGGUCGAAGUGACUGGUCGAGGAAUGUAUUCGACAGAGUCGCCACCUUGUAUCCCUUCAGAAGAGAGGAGGAUUAGUAAACGAGAGAAGAGCCGGAUUAAAAGUCUGAGAAGAAGACAGAGGAGGAGAGAGAGAUGGAAACAGAGUCAGCAGCAGGAGAGCAGCCAGAGUUCACAAGCCACCCCCAGCACCAGCAGCAGCACUGAGGAUGAAGAAGCACUGAGCAUGAGAAACAAAGAGGGUUUGGUCUGUGCUGUAUGCUUGGAUGUGUACUUCAAUCCUUACAUGUGCCUCCCAUGCAACCACAUCUUCUGUGAGCCCUGUUUGAGGACACUUGCAAAGAAUAGCCCCACAAAUACCCCCUGUCCUCUCUGCAGAACCAUCAUCACUCAUGUCUUUUUCCAAAAGGACCUGAACCAAACAGCAAAGACAUUCUUCCCAAAGGAUUACCUUUCCAGGAAGCAGAACUUUCAGAGAGCACCUUGCUCAAAGUGGCCCCUCCCAAGCUGUAGGAGGCUCUUCCAAAUCUUUCGAGGUGGGAUGUGUUCCGUGCAGAGGAGGAAUCCGACACAGGGUUCUUAG